AUGGCGUCUUCUCUCUUCUUCUUCCUCCUCACUUCACUAUCAUCACACUUUCUUCCUCUCUCAAUACUCUCAGCGACAGUAGUCGAAGAUCUCGCCAACCUCACUCCACCUCCUGAUUUCAGCACCACCAUUACCACAAACUGUCUUCGUGAUCCACUUCUCCGUUACUGCAACAACACCUCUUCUUCUCCGAUGGACAUUGUCGAGAUCUUCCGCUCCACAAUCGUUGCAAGCCAUCUCUGCAACGAGUCCAAAAACCCUAAUUGCGUUGAAUCCUUCCCCAAAAUCAGAAUCAACAGCCGCCCUAAAACCGCUGCACUCUACCUCUCUUUCGAUUUCUUCUGGAAGUAUUGUCCUUUAACCGUCGUCGAGAUCGAGCUUGUUAAUAACUCUCUCAAGACCGGUUUUCCGACAAAUGUUCUGUCUUGUGCUCAGAUUCGCACUCUUGAUCUGAGUUACAACCAGUUCUCUGGUUUUGUUCCGGUUCAGAAUCUCUCCAAAUUACCAAAUCUGACCCGUUUGAAUCUCUCGUAUAACCGAUUCUCGGAGGAUAAGAUCUCCGAUUCCGGCUUCUUCAAACGGUUUAACGCAUCUAGUUUCAUACAAUCCGGUGUUCUUACUAAUGUCAAGCGUUACAAGAUGAAAGUUUUGGUCUUGCUGAUUGUGUUUCCGUUAAUGGUGAUUUUGCUCUGUUUUUGCUUUGGGUGGAUAUGUCUCAAAAGACCUGAUUACUUACCAAGAACGUGCCGGAGAAGCAACAAGUUCACAUCUGCGAUGCUCGAUGCAGCGACCGAUGAGUUUUCAGAUCAGAAGCUUGUGAGCAAAACCAAUAGAGUCGAUAUCUACAGAGGAACGUUAAGAGACGGGACAGAGGCAAAGAUCGAGGUUUAUACAGAGAAGGUUUCAAGGGAGAAAAGGCGUGAGUUCGCAGAGGAAUGCGAGGCGGUUUUUAAGCUUAGACAGAAGAAUUUGGUAAGAGUUUUGGGUUGGUGUAAUGGCAGAAACUUGAGGGCUUUGGUUACAGAGUGGAUUAAUGGAGAAAAUGUUGGGACUUGGUUGAGUUCUUCAUCGGCUUCAUCAUGGAGAAGAAGGUUAAGAGUGGUUAUGGGAGUUGUUGAAGGUAUUUGUUAUCUAUCGGAACAAUGGCCUGAGAUUACAUUUGAUCUUAGCACAAGCGGUGUUUUGUUAUCUGAUGAGGAUCAAGAACCAUUGAUCUCUCAAUUCAAGAUCGGAGAUGGAAACAACUCAUCAACAAAUAUAUUCAAAUUUGGAUUGUUUCUUUUGGAGAUGAUCACAAAUCUAAGACCUGAUGAGGAACAAGAAGAUUCAGAAAGGAGGUAUCUUGAGUAUAUAAGAGUUCAUUAUCCGGAUAAUCUAGGCAGAGUGAUUGAUGAGAAGAUGAAGCUUGAGGAUAGAUCGAUGGAGCAAGUUAAGCAAGCGAUUACACUUGGACUUAUGUGUACUGAUAAACCACCAUUGAAGCAACCAAGCUUGACGCAGAUUUAUGACAUGGUGGUUUCUUUGUAUGAUCAUUGA